AUGCCUCCCCUGACGGCCAGCGUCUUUGCGAGGCCUGCUGAGCUGCUCGGCUUGCCGCCAGCGAUGGUCUCCUCUUUUGAGAUGGCAUUUUGCGAUAUCUCGACAAUCUACCUGGAUGCAAUCGCCGACAAAGAGGAAUUCCCUUUGGUCGUGUUCUCGCAUUGUCUGGGCGGCACAAGGUUCAUGUAUAGUGCGAUGGCGAGGUCGCUGUCGAGCCUGGGUCUUAUUGUUUUGGUGCUCGAUCACACAUACGAGACCGCGGUGGUGGAGUUCCCGGACGGGAGCGCUGCGUUCUCAUCUGAUCCGGAGUUAGCGAACUCUACGGUCACUCUCGAGGGACUAGAGGUCCGAACUGCGGAUGAGAUUUUCCUCAUCUCCCAACUGUCGAAUAAGACGCUCACGGACUCCAUAUUCGGGAAAUUCCCCGGCACCUUUGACCCCCACAGAGUCGUCGUCUCGGGGCACUCGUUCGGCGGUUCCACCGCCGCAGCCGCCGCGCACCACGUCGCCCGCGUCGUCGGCGGCCUUAAUUUCGACGGCCCGAUCCUCCCGCCCGUGGACGCGGAAGGCUUCGAGGGCAAAUCGUUCGUGCUCGUGUCCCAGUCCAUCGGCAACGAUUCGGCGCCGGUGCCGUUCUGGGAGGACUUUUACGGCAACCUCAAGGACGCCAAGAUGCAGCUGGCGAUGAGGGACACCAAACACUACGCCUUUUCCGACAUACAGCUGCUGCUGACGGUGUAUCGGGUCCUCGCGGCGUCGCAGCCUCGGGUGGAUGCCUUGUUUGGUAAGCUGGACGGCAAGAGGGUUGAGGGUGCGAUGAACGAGAUCACGGUCGGGCUGGUUGAAUUGCUGUUUAAGAACCGAACGGCGCCGCUGAGGAACGUGGGCGGGAAUCCUGAUAUUGCUGUCCUUCUCAGUAACCUCCCUGGGUGCUAG